AUGGGUAAUGAAAAGUACUUAAGGAUCCUUGUAUUUCCAUUGUAUUCUACUGUUCUCUCUCUCUCUCUCUCUCUCUCUCUCUCUCUCUCUCUCUCUCUCUCUCUCUUUACAUUCUCUUCACUCCCCUUUAUCUCUUUCAAUUUUCAUUUUAGCUUUUUCAUCGCCGUGCACAUUCUUUUGCUAUUAAUGCGUUCCACUUUAUUGUUGUUUUUAUCAUGUUUUCUGGCUCUGCAACUUCUAGGUUUGCUGUCUUACAUUUUGUCCCUUUCAUGCUUCCAUAUGCUCUCUGGAUCGACGUUCUGUUUCUUCUUUCUUCAUUGGGAUCUCUGUUAUUUUUUUCAAUUUUCCUCCUUCUCACUAGCGCUCUUUUUCUUACUUUCGUACAUUCUCUUUCAUUUUUCUUACUUUACAUCAUUCUUUCUUUCCUCCUCUAUUAUUGUUUGUCAUUUCUUUCAUUCAUUUUUCGUUUCUCUCCGUUUUCCUUCAUUUUUAUUUAUUUUUUCUCAUUCAUUUUUCACUUUUCUUUCUUUCGUUUCCAUUUCUCUGUUCAUUAUUUCUUAUUCAUUUGUCUUUUUUUUUACUUUGACUUUUAGUUUUUUCUUUUUUUUAUUUCGAUUUUACAUUUUUCAUUUUCUUUUUUCUAUUUUAUUUUUUGUCUUUCAUUUUUUUUUUCUUUCAUUUUCUUUUUUUUUCUUUUUUAUUUUCAUAUUUUUUGUCUUUCAUUUUUUUUUCUGUUUCAUUUAUUCUUUCUUUUUCAUUUUUUUAUCUUUUCAUAUUUUUUUCCAUUUUUCUUUUCCUUCAUUUUGUCUUCAUUUCUCUUUUUCCUUCCUUUUAUUUUUUCUUUCUUUCAUUUUUCAUUCUUUUGUAAUUCUUUCAUAUUUUCUUCCAUUCUCUUCUAUUAUUCCUUCUUUCAUUUUUCUUUCUUUCGUCGUACUCUCAUAUCUCUUUUUUUUCAUUUUUAUUACUUUCGACAUGCUUUCAUUGUCUUUCUUUCAUUUCUUUCUUUCUUUUUCACUUCUAUGCUUUUUUUAUUAG